GGUCUUCAGUUUCUGCGAGUUGUUUGAUCGGGUCGGUUGUUUGUUAGCGCGAGUGGUCGUCGUGAGUCGAAUGUAGUUACCGAAAUUUGCAGAUGAGUUAGCUCUUUGUUGUGUUUUUAUAUUAGGCUGUUUAAAUUAAGUAAUCAUUGCGGAAAAUUUCAUGCGAUUCCAGUGCCUGCAAGGAAAACGGAUAGUUUUUUCAUUGUUCGAGCGUUUUAUGCAUUAGCUUUCGUAGGAGAAAAGAUAUCCGAGUGAAACGUUGUGCUUUUUUUUCACGAAUCUCUUUUCGUUCGAAAAAUUGAUAGAAUAAUUCUCAUUAUAAUAGUGCGAUUUUUGCGAGAUUCUGCCAUCAUCGUCACCAUCAUUCUUCACCGGGCCGUCAUGCGAUUCCACGGAAUGGAUAUUCGAAUCGGAGCUAAUUAAAGCGAACCCAUACAGCAGCGAAUCUGCCAGAGACCACCCUUCACUUUUUGGGGCCAGAAUGAUACGAGCCGGCAUCGAGAAGUGAUGUCACUCAUUCUCGCUCAGACCGCGCAGCGACAACAACCACGCCGAAACAGUCAACGCUUAGUCGGAAGGCUCAAAUCAACGCAUACAUUUAUGUGUGAGAUAAGUGCGAUGUGAUUUGCAAAUAGAAAUCGAAAUGUGAUGAUUCCGUCGAAUAAUGAUGUCGACACCACCUGAUGAAGGGAAGAUUAGAAGUUCAGUGUUCGAAGAAGUUUACGUUCGUGAAGGAAUAGUUGGAAUAAAAUAAGUUGUUAAGUGAAAUUUUUUUUGUGUUACACAUGUAGUAUUGCAAAAAAAUCGUAUUUCAGUGUCAGUAAUUGAAAAAAAAAAACUGUCAGUAGCUAUCCACGUUUAAACGGUGCGGCGUCUUUCAGUCAGUAACGACGAUUCCAUAGUUGCUAAUUAGGCUGACAAAUACCCAACGAGUGCUGAGGGGAGCUGCAAGUGCUGGACUAACACAAUGACGGUCACAUACACCGCCGAGGUAGCCACCUGCAGGGGUUUCGGCUGUUUCUUGAAACUGCUGGUCAGAUGGCGAGGCAGCAUAUACAAACUAGUUUGGCUAGAUCUCAGCUGUUUUUUGCUGUUGUAUUAUAUUUUAAACAUAACCUACCGCCUAGUGUUAGACGAGCAUCAAAAACAAAUCUUUGAGGAAAUCGUCCGAUAUUGUGCCACUUACAGUAACCUCAUUCCAUUAUCGUUCGUGCUUGGUUUCUACGUCACAAUUGUUAUGACGCGGUGGUGGAAUCAGUACACCAGCAUACCGUGGCCGGAUCCCAUAGCGGUUUUCGUCAGUGCCAACAUCCAUGGUCAGGAUGAACGAGGACGCGUGAUGCGCCGUACUAUCAUGCGAUACGUGUGCCUUUGCCUGACGAUGGUUCUAACCAACAUCUCGCCACGUGUGAAAAAGCGCUUCCCGACGAUCGACCAUCUGGUGGAGGCAGGUUUGCUCAACGACAACGAACACAAAAUCAUGCAUCAUCUGAAUCAGAAAUUUCCUCGUCACUCGAAACAUUGGUUGCCCAUCGUUUGGGCGGCUAGUAUUGUAACCCGCGCACGGAAGGAAGGUCGAUGCCGGGAUGACUUCGCAGUCAAAACGAUUAUCGAUGAAUUGAACAAAUUUCGAGGUCAAUGCGGACUGUUGAUCUCGUACGAUACUAUAAGUAUCCCUCUGGUGUAUACCCAAGUGGUGACCCUCGCCGUAUACUCGUACUUCCUGACCUCGGUGAUGGGACAGCAGUGGGUGGAGACCAAGAAUCUCGGAGAUGGUGUAGUCAACAAGAUCGAUCAGUAUUUCCCGGUAUUCACUACCUUGCAGUUCUUCUUUUACAUGGGAUGGCUCAAAGUGGCCGAGUCGCUGAUAAAUCCGUUCGGCGAAGAUGACGACGAUUUCGAGGUGAACUGGAUGGUUGAUCGUAACAUUCAGGUUUCCUAUCUGAUAGUGGACGAAAUGCAUCAUGAGCAUCCGACGCUAGUCAAGGAUCAGUACUGGGACGAAGUGUUCCCAGUAGAACUGCCUCAUACGGUGGCGUCCGCCGAGAUCAAGGAAGAACCCCCGCAACCAUCCACGGCCAACAUCGAAGUCAACCGGAAGGCGGCGGAAGUGAUCCCGGUGAUACCAUCGGCUGUGCGGGUCGAUGAAAUGGUCGGUAAAAAGAGUCAAAUGUAUGACUACGCGUUCCCUGAACAGCAGGGCAUGCUCGACGAAGAGGCUGAUGAUAAUGCUAGUGGUAUACACUUUGCUGCGUACGACAACAAACCAUUCCACAAAGGCGGCCCGUCCAGUAACAGUCUCGCUAGUGUGGCACAGACCAUCACGCGGGUUAAUACGGUAGCUUCGGCACUGAAGCGGUUCUUUAGUCGAGAGGACGGUGGCACCGCUAGUCGGCCCCAAAGUGCUACACCGGAGAGCCAAACUGGACCGUUCAAGUUUCCUGGAUCGGCCAGUUCGUCGAACCUUACGGGUCGUUUACCAGAUCGGGCCCAGGGAAGCAUUCGAAUCACAGAUCAGGUAAUCGAGGAGGUUGACGAACACCAGAUGACCAUCACCUCGGUUCAAGGCAAGAAUGAUGCUAGACCAAUGGCGGCCAGUCUGUGGGAACAAGGCCCGCCACGACCAAGCGAUCCGGUGGACAUGCCUCAACCGGCCUAUAAACGAACACAUUCGGCAGUUUCUCAUGGAGACUAUGCAGGAACUUCAUUGUAUCCAACAGGCGGCGUAGAUACAUUAAGUGCUUCCGCUCCUGUUGGCGGUCAAUUUGAAUCGAAUUUCAUUCCAUUGUACAACCCACUGGAACCAAAUUUAGCCGACAGCAAAACUGUUGCAGAUGCCAUGGACGGUGGUCCCGAUGGGGACACCAGUGAAGCGGAUGAUUUCGAAAAAUUGCGCCAAGUACGGGAGAAAGAACGUGCUGAACGACAAAAGUUUAAACUUGCUCGCUCGGUCAGUGGGCUAGGACCUAUAGAUCCGGAAAUUCUUCUGGAGAAGCUCACCAGAUCAGCUGAACAACAGCAAGAGGGACAACUCGGACCUUCAGGUCAGAACACACCCAAUACCAAACGUACUUCAGACAUACCGGUAGCACAAGCGGAUACGACCUUAUGAUUCUACGUUCCAGACGAAGACAACGUCAUCGUGGUGAAUGUUAGAGAUAGUAGCUAGUACUAGGAGAGAUUUGUGAAUCUUUUUGUCCCCGGUUGGCAUUGGCAUUGAACAGUGAUAACUUUUUUUUCUGAUUUGACGAAAAACGUAAGACAAUCGUUAGACGAUGCACCAUUGUAUAUCAGUAUUGACUUAAUUAAAAUUAUUUAUUCCUAAGCAAAAAUCGAUUCUUGAAACAAAAGCACUGACCUCUGUUUUUAGUUUGGGAAGUUGAGACAAAAAUUAUAUUAUUUAGACUUGUUCUUCCGUUCUCUCAAUUGUUUAUCGAAGACCGUGCUUUGCCUUUACGGCUAGGAUUUAAAGACAAACAGGCAAGUAACAAACCAGUGAUAUUUUUUGUAAUAGGCACAAAGAAUAACCAGUUUUUAUGAAUAUAUUCAGUUAUGGAAAUCCAUAACUGAACAAGCAGCAAAUGAGUCUUAUAAAGAAAACACAAUAUUUGCUGUUUGUCAAAAAAAAACACAAACAAACAAAUAAAUCUAAAAUCGGAAGCGCCUUCACAUAAUACUUCACUAUAGGAAAUUAUAAUUGUAGGAAGUGUUACACUUAAUCAACGUGCUUUAUUCAUUUGCUUCGAAUUAGCCAAACGAUACUCUAAUAUGUUGAAGAAGUAAAGUCAGAAACUUUUUAAAAGAUAAAAAACAGGAAUAAGAUACACAUUUACCAAGUGGCACAAAUAACUAAACAUUGAUCUAUGCAUUAAUCUAUAAGAUAAAAGUAAUAUACAAACAUUUUCCAGCGUAUUUAAAAAAAAUCGACAAAAAACAAUAAAAAUUCGACUAGCCACAACAUAA